GAAUAGAGGACAAGUGACGGCGGUCGUUUUUGGGACAUUUCAAUUCCAUUAAACCAACACGACUUCCAACAAUGACAUCAGAUCCGACGGCAACAUUUGCCACUUGAACGUUUCUUUCAUUUUAACAAUCUUUCAUUUUAACAAUCUUUCAUUUUAACAAUCUUUCAUUGGAUGUGAUUAGAGCUCGGCAGCUCUGACGUAAACCAGAUUGCAAGCCUGCUAUACCCUCCUGCCCUGCCUGCCUUGGUACAGAUACGCUGAAAGCGCUCAGGCUCGUCAUCAUCAGCGCCGCCCUGUAGAGAGAGAGAGAUACAGGGAGAGAGAAAGCUGGAGACCCCCUCCCCACCUAACAACCCCAACCCUGCAGGCUCUGUCACAACGACCCCACCCCCCAACCCCCUCUGAGCGAGGGCACCGAGCGACAGGCUUGCAUUCACGGAGAGAAGACCGUUCCGGGAUCCCGGCUCUGUUUCGCCCUCAAUCCGGGCCCUAAUGCUGUAGCGGCCAGCGCGGGAGGAGAGAGCGAAGUGAGACGAAACGCAGCGACCGAGAGUCGGCGAGGGACAGGGCGGACUGGGGAGACGACAGGAUUGUUCAUUCGUCAGGAAACAUGGGAUGUACACUGAGCGCCGAGGAGCGCGCAGCUCUGGACCGGAGCAAGGCCAUCGAGAAAAACCUGAAGGAGGACGGGGUGACGGCCGCCAAGGACGUCAAGCUGCUGCUGCUCGGCGGUGGAGAAUCCGGGAAAAGCACCAUCGUCAAACAGAUGAAGAUUAUCCAUGAAGAUGGCUUUUCUGGGGAUGAUGUGAAGCAGUAUAAGCCUGUGGUAUACAGCAACACCAUCCAGAGCUUGGCAGCCAUCCUUCGAGCCAUGGAUUCACUGGGCAUUGAGUUUGGAGACAAGGACCGAAAAGCUGACGCAAAGCUGGUCUGUGAUGUCGUCAGUCGAAUGGAGGACACAGAGCCAUACUCUGCAGAGCUUCUUGCUGCGAUGAAGCGUCUAUGGACCGAUCCCGGGACUCAGGAGUGCUUCAACCGCGCUCGGGAAUACCAGCUGAAUGACUCGGCUCAAUACUACCUGGACAGUCUAGACCGUAUUGGGGCGGCAGACUACCAGCCCACAGAGCAGGACAUUUUGAGGACCCGAGUGAAGACCACUGGCAUUGUUGAAACCCAUUUCACCUUCAAAAAUCUCCAUUUCAGGCUGUUCGACGUUGGUGGUCAGAGGUCAGAGAGGAAGAAGUGGAUCCACUGUUUUGAGGAUGUGACAGCUAUUAUUUUCUGCGUUGCUCUGAGUGGAUAUGACCAGGUGCUCCAUGAAGAUGAAACAACUAACCGCAUGCACGAAUCCCUCAUGCUCUUUGACUCCAUCUGCAACAACAAGUUCUUCAUCGACACAUCCAUCAUCCUCUUCCUCAACAAGAAAGAUCUGUUCGCUGAGAAGAUCAAGAAGUCGCCACUGACGAUCUGUUUUCCAGAAUACACAGGUGAGUCCGUGGACAUUCGUCCUCUCCUCAGCGUCCUGAGCAGAUAAACCGAGUGUCACGUUUUCCCCGCUGUCUCCCCCCUCUUUUCCUCUCCAGGUGCUAAUACUUACGAAGACGCUACUGCAUAUAUUCAGGUUCAGUUUGAGAGUAAGAACCGCUCCCCCAACAAGGAGAUCUACUGUCACCUGACCUGUGCCACAGACACAGGAAACAUCCAGGUAGUGUUUGAUGCCGUCACCGACAUCAUUAUUGCAAACAACCUUAGAGGCUGCGGCUUAUACUGAGGCCCGGAGCCAGAAGCACAGACGUCAUCAUGGAGUGCGUGAGGUGUUAAUAAUGAUGAUUUUGAUGAUUCUUAAAUACAUUAAUAUGUAAUUCUACACGUCCAAAUGGGACCCAAAGAGCUGCCGUCAAACACCACACUGGAUCAUUGUCAUGAUUUGUAUCCCUGUCCUCUUAUUUUAAAUCUAACCCCCCCCCCAGUUUUGUAUUUUAAAAACGUGUUUUUAAGUUGAAUGUUUUGUAAGGCUGGAAGCACCAGAGGUUUAUUCAGGUAAAGCUUUGUCCAGAAACGCAGAGGAGCAUGCUGUCCCAGAACCUUGAGGUGUUGUCGCUCUGAAUACAGCCUCUGGUGCUCCAUGCGUUGAGCUGCUGUGCGUGAAGGUGGAGAUGAUGAUGAUGACGACGGCGUCUUGUGGCUGAUGGGUGUGGACAGAAAGAAAAGGAGUCUGUGUUAACUUUCCUUCAAACUCACACAUGACUGAUUAAGCCUGCAGGUCGGUUCCACUCUGUUUUGCUUUCAAACAUCAUGAAAGAGAGGAUUCUUCUGUUCAGAGCGGCUGCUGGUUGCCACCGAUCAGACAGUAGUAUAAAAAAAGACAGGAAGAGAAAACAUUGGUGCCAACCAUCUGAAAACAACAGAUAGGGGAGUAGAAUCAGAAAUUAUAGGUCAUACUGUUGAUUUAUAUAAUUAAAAUUUUAUCAUAUUGAAUUAUUUAUUUAUGCCUCCUUCUCCUACCUCCCUGAAUGAAUAGCCCAGGGCUGUGAAAAUUUUGCCCCCAUACAGAUUGUAAGGUUUUUGAGCAUAAGGUCUUUAAGCUCACUCUACGGCAUAUUGAUUGAAUUUAAGUCUGGACUUUAACUAGGCCACUACAAAAUCCAUUUCGUUUUUUUUUUUUUUUUGCGCUAUUCGGAUGUGGACUUGGUGGUUUGGUUCAGAUCAUUGUCUUGCUGCAUAAGCCAAGAGUGUUUGAGCUGAAGGUUAUGAACUGAUGGGUGGACACCGUCCUUUAGGAUUUUACUCAUGGAGAACAGAAAUCCUGGAUCCAUCAAAUCCUCCUAAACCCAGAUCAUCACACUACCACCACCAUGUUUGACUGUUGAUUAAUUCUUCUUCUAAAAUGCUGCGUCCGUUUCAUGCCAGAUGUCACAAGACACAGCAUCCAAAAACUUCACACAAUAUUUUCCUAAAAGUCUUGAGGAUCAUCAAGAUAUUUUGAGGAAAAUGUGAGAUGAUGCUUUGUGUUGUUUUUGGUCAGCAGUGGGUUUCAUCUCCUCUAAGGAUCACAUUUUUGUCCAGUCUUUUUCUUACUGUUGAGUCAUGAACAUUAAUUAAGGGAAAAGAGGCCUGUAGUGCUUUAGAUGUUCUUGGUUUUUUGUUGACCUUCUGCAUGAGGCAUUGGUGCACUCUUAAGGGGAAUUAGGGUAGGUUGGCCACUCCUGGGAAGGUUCACCACUGCUCCACAUUUUCUCCAUUUGUGGAUGAUGGUUCUUACUAUUUUACUGGAUUUAAAAAAACUUAGAAAUGGCUUUGGAACUCUUUCCAGACUGCUAAAUAUGAAUUUGUUUCUCGUCGGUUUUUGAACUACCUACUUCAUGUUGUCAAGACAUGAUUUAAAAAACCCAAACAAAAAAAAUACAGAAGAAAUCUGUAAGGGGGUGAAUACUUCUUCCCAGCACUGUAUUUAUUUCCUUUCAUGAAACAACAAGGUGCAGAAGGUGCAAAACAGCUCUGCGACAACAUUCACCUUUUCUGGCUGCUACGUGGCUCUUGGAUGUAAAUCGUGUAGAAAGACAACCUCACCUAAGGUGGUCUUUGUUUGGGGAGUAUUUCUUAUUUAACCCCCUCUUCACCAUCCAUCAUGUUUCUCUGUUUGCAGGGAAAUCAAAAGUACAGUCCCUCAUUUUUACCCAGGAAUUCACCCUCUCAUCCCCUGCUCUCUUUAACCCUUCACAUAUCAGUCAGUCCUCAUAUCCUAUCUCCAUUUUCACCCUAGAAGCACUGUACUGUAUAUAUAUAUUAUGAUUAAACCAGAUUUUUUUUUUUUACUGUGAAUGUUUUUGUGCUGCAACCCCAUCCUAUUCAGUAGUUUAUCGGUUGCUUUCAUGUGGAAUGUUUGUGCUGAGCCAAUCGAAUGUUGUGUUUACAUUAAAGCCACACUUUUCCUAACUAUC